GGGAACAGGAAGGUGACGCAUAGACAGGGUGCUACGCAAACUAGCCACAGUGGACUGUGGCAUAUAUGCAUACACAAGUAUGAUACGGAUUUUGGUUAGCGGUCAAGUGUGUGCUUCUUUAUUUGUUAAAAGCCCCAUAUUUCUAAGAUGUAUUACGGUACGUCAACAGCACGUCGGGUACGACAUAGCGGUGGUGGGCGGCGGGAUCGUGGGUUUGGCCACAGCCAGGGAACUCGUGCUAAGGCACCCCAACCUCACUUUUAUAGUGCUGGAGAAGGAGAAGGAACUUGCUCUGCAUCAGUCAGGCCAUAACAGCGGUGUGAUACACAGUGGGAUCUACUACACACCAGGCUCUCUGAAAGCCCGCCUGUGUGUGCGGGGGGCAUCUCUGGCCUAUGCGUACUGUGAUAGCAGAGCCAUUCCCUACAGGAGAUGCGGCAAACUCAUUGUGGCAUUGGAUAGAGAGGAGGUCCCGCGUCUGAAGGCCCUGUAUGAACGCGGCCAGAAGAACAACGUGAAACAGAUCAGUCUGAUUGAUGCAAGAUCCAUCCGAGAGAGAGAACCCUACUGCAGAGGGAUAAUGGCUCUAGACUCCCCCUAUACUGGCAUUGUGGACUGGCGCUUGGUGGCGCUAUCCUAUGGCAAGGACUUCCAGCAGGCUGGAGGAGCCAUAAUAACAGGGUUUGAGGCCACUCACAUCGCCAUGGCAGCAGAGAGUCCAGCUGGGAGUUCAGAGGGUCUGAAGUACCCUGUUGCUGUCCGAAGCUCAACGGGUGAGGAGGUUCGGUGUCGCUUUGUGCUGACGUGUGGUGGCCUCUACUCCGACCGUCUUGCCGAGAUCUCUGGCUGUAGGGCAGAACCCCGAAUCAUCCCCUUCAGGGGAGAUUACUUGGUGCUGAAACCAGAGAAGAGCUAUCUCAUCAGGGGCAACAUCUAUCCUGUGCCAGACCCACGGUUUCCGUUCCUGGGGGUGCACUUCACGCCCCGUAUGGACGGCAGUGUGUGGCUCGGACCAAACGCUGUGCUUGCGUUCAAACGUGAGGGCUACAGGAUAUGCGACUUCAACAGCAAUGACUUUGUAGACGCCCUUUCCUUUAGAGGUCUGCAUAGGCUGGUAAUGAAGAACGUGACGUAUGGACUAGGUGAGAUGUACCGAGGGAUGUUUAUUAGCGCACAGGUGAAGAUUCUGCAGAAGUACAUACCUGAGCUUGGCCACAAUGAUGUAGUCAGGGGGCCGUCAGGAGUGCGAGCUCAGGCGCUGGAUGCUGACGGGAACCUGGUGGAUGAUUUCGCGUUUGAUGGUGGUGUGGACGAACUGGGUCGCAGAGUACUCCAUGUGCGCAAUGCCCCGUCACCUGCGGCAACCUCUUCCCUCGCCAUUGCUGAGAUGAUUGCUGAUGAACUUGAGGCACGGUUCACCCUAUAGGCAGGAGUAAGACUGUGGCAGACGUGUUAUAAAAGCAGUACAGUAAGAGCUAGUAGGACAAUAUCACCACUGCUUCCUCUAGCCUUGCAAUAAUUAGGAAUGAGCUCAUUGGUUCCACAAGGUGUUGCUCUGUAUAAACACACAAUAACGACUCUCUGCUGGAAUUCUCUUUGUGGUGUGUUAGGGAGGCAGGAGCUCGCCACAAUUGUUUCAAUGUUGGAAACAGCUGUGGUGAACGAGGGCAAAAUCUUUAUGAUGACAAUGCAGAUGUCAGCCAACUGGCAGCUCGGAGACUCAAACACACAGCUUGCAAGCAUUAAAGUAUUUGUUGAUAUGCUGCCGUGUGUAUAUGUGUGUGUUUUGUUGUGGAGAGAAAACAAAAGGGGAACAGCCAAAGGGCCUUCAGUUGCUCAGUCUUCGGUUUUCUCAGGACUUGCAGACCAGUAGACUUAACAUGCACAUUCCCAGAAGAAUCCACAGUGCAGAUGGGCUGUCUAAUUCUGCCAUUCAGCUAUGCUGUAAGAGAAGUGAUAUACACUAUUGCAAACUUCCAGUCUGCUUGAGAGGCAGGCUUCAGCAGACUUUGCCUGUAGAUUUAACCAAACAUAGAAGUGACAACUAACAUAAAAGAGGAAUGAUUUUGAUCAUGGAUUUUUAUUUAAAUGUAACUAGCAUGUUACAUAUGGAAUGAUGUAUCCAAUUUUAUUUUAUUUUAUUUUAUUGUUUUAUAACUUCUUAUAUUUGAUUAUAGUUCCACUGGCAAUGACAAUGUAACGUAUUCUGUAAUAUGUUGAGAUAAAUUGCAUAUAUCUGUACCUGGAGGGCAAGAGCCUGAACAAUUGGAUUGGGUAAUAAAACCCACUGCAAUUACAUACAAUUACGUAAACAACAACAACAGUAAUGAUUGUAUAUCUUACUUUCAGCAUAUUUUGGUGUCAAUGUUAACCAUGGAAUCGAGUCAAGCUGAAUUUCCCUAGCACUUUUUGCAUGCUUGCAGCUGUGUGGGCUGAUGAUCAUCUCCAUAAACAUCGCAGAAUCCAAGUCCAAAGUUUGAGAGACUUGUGUCCAUGGGUCCUUUGUCCAGAGAUACAGUUUCCUUGAUGUGUGAGCAGUAUCACUGGAAGCCUCCUCAUUUUAGAGACUGUUUUUAUUUAGAAUUCCAUCUUGCAGAAUAAUACUGUACCUGUGGAGCUCAGUAAAAUAUGUAAUUACACUCAGUAUGGUUGUUUAACUGAUGUGAAGUAAGAUGUGUGUACUGGGGCCAAUGUUGGAUGUUGGAUGGUUUUUCUUUGCUUUUAAAAUAGCAUUUGUAGUUAAAAUUUUGCUAAUCAGUAUAUACUUUGAAAAGUAUUAAAUCAAUCUUCAUAAUUUUGAAAAGUGGAUAAUGAUAUUUUUUCCAAUGUGGUGCAGGACUUUUGCAGGUCUGAAAUCUAGGAUCUUCCAUGGUGGUGUUGUAAUUGUUUUACUUGGUUAAGUCGCUACAGACAUUUAACCAAGAUAAAGAUAAAGUAUAUGCUUAAAAAGAAAUGAAUGUGUAUGCAAACCCUAUGUAAAUCUUUGGGAAUUUUUUAUAUUAAAAAUGUUAUUCAACAUUUUAGUUAGUUAUAUUUGAUAAAGUACACAAUAAAGACCUUUCUUUCA